AUGAUUAUGAUGCAAAAUGGUGAGAUCGUGAGUGAGGACGAAGCCGAGUACGAUGGCAUACCACCUCUUGACGGAGGUAGUGAUGGGGAAUCGCCAAAUGAAGAGGAGUUUAGUGCACCCGAGGGUCAUUUUGGGACUGCAUUGGUUGCAAGGAGAGCAUUAACUGCACGUGUUAAGGAGGACGAGCUUCAACGGGAGAACAUUUUCUACACCAGGUGCUUCGUCAACCAAGCACUUUGUAGUGUGAUUAUUGAUAGUGGGAGUUGCACAAAUGUUGCUAGUUCACUCAUGGUGGACAACUUGAAGUUGCCUACAAGGGAUCACCCGCGACCCUACAAACUCCAAUGGCUCAACAACUCUGGGGAGGUUCGAGUAACCAAGCAGGUUCUUAUAUCCUUCCAAAUCCAUAAAUAUUCUGAUGAAGUAUUAUGUGAUGUAGUUCCUAUGCAGGCUAGUCACAUUAUACUAGGUAGGCCUUGGCAGUUUGACAGACAGGUGACUUUUGAUGGUGUGACUAAUAAGUAUAGCUUCUUGUACAACAGUAAGAAAGUCACACUAGCUCUCCUUUCCCCCAAACAAGUGCAUGAGGACCAAUUGAAAUUGCAACAAGAGUUUGAGAAGUAUAGUGCAAAAAGGAAAGAAAAUGAGAGAGCCGAGGCAAAAAAGGAGAGGAAAAAGGCUAUAGAUAGCUCGGCAAGUGAGGUAAAAAUCGAGGGAAAACAAAUGCUCCUGAUGAAAGCCAAGAAAGUGAGGAAGUUAAUGAGAGAUGAGCAGCCACUUCUUAUGCUUGUUAGCAAGGAAGUAGCUCUGAAUGAGUACGAUGAUGUCUUCCCCGAGGACGUCCCAAGUGGAUUGCCACCACUUAGGGGCAUUGAACAUCAAAUUGACUUCAUCCCUGGAGCUUCAUUGCCAAAUCGUCCAGCUUACAAGAGCAACCCGGAGGAGACUAAGGAGUUGCAAAGGCAAGUGGACGAGUUGCUAGGCAAAGGAUGGGCACGUGAGAGUUUAAGCCCGUGUGCUGUUCCAGUCAUUCUGGUGCCCAAGAAAGAUGGUACGUGGAGAAUGUGCACCGAUUGUAGAGCCGUAAAUGCCAUCAUGGUAAAGUAUCGUCACCCUAUACCUCGCUUAGAUGACAUGCUUGAUGAGUUACAUGGGGCUGUGUUCUUUACCAAAAUUGAUCUCAAAAGUGGGUACCAUCAAAUUAGGAUUAAGGAGGGGGAUGAAUGGAAAACUGCCUUCAAGACUAAGUAUGGAUUGUAUGAGUGCAAGUCUUAUGAUGAGCAUCUAGAGCAUAUUAGGGCUGUUAUGGAUGUACUUCGAAGAGAGAAGCUCUAUGCCAAUCUCAAGAAGUGUAAUUUUUGCACUAACGAGCUUGUGUUCCUAGGGUUUGUUAUAAGUGCGCAGGGAAUGAAGGUGGAUGAUCAAAAGGUUCAAGCUAUUCAAGAGUGGCCGACACCACGGUCCGUGGGUGAUGUUCAAAGCUUCCAUGGACUUGCGGGUUUCUAUAGGAGAUUCGUGAGGGACUUUAGCACUAUUGCUGCACCCUUGACCGAGUUGAUCAAGAAGAAUGAGAACUUCCAUUGGGGAGAUUCUCAAGAACAAGCCUUUCGCACUUUAAAGCACAAACUCACACAUGCACCUGUACUUGCUUUACCUGACUUUUCUAAGACAUUUGAAAUUGAUUGUGAUGCUUCAGGUAUUGGAGUUGGAGCUGUGUUGAACCAAGGAGGAAGACCUAUUGCCUACUUUAGUGAGAAACUCAAUGGGGCUGCACUAAACUACUCAACUUAUGAUAAAGAGUUGUACGCCCUCAUUCGAGCACUACAAGUGUGGCAACACUACUUAAGGCCUAAGGAGUUCGUGAUACACACUGAUCAUGAGUCCCUUAAGUACCUUAAGGCCCAGCACACCUUGAGCAAGAAGCAUGCAAGAUGGAUUGCAUUCGUGGAGUCCUUUUCGUACGUGAUUAAAUACAAGGCUGGUAAGUCUAAUGUGGUUGCGGAUGCACUCUCCCGAAGGUACUCUCUACUCACCUCAUUAGAUGCUAAGUUGUUAGGGUUUGAGCUGAUUAAAGAGCUCUAUACCCAAGAUAGUGACUUUGGUGAGCUUUACACUUCUUGCAAACGCACUGGGCAAGGAACACUUCUAUUGGCCGCACAUGAGGAGAGAUGUUGCACGGGUGGUGGAACGGUGCUUAGCUUUGUAAGAAAGCUAAAUCCAAGAUCCAAGUAUGGCCAUGACUCCAUUUAUGUGGUAGUGGAUAGGUUCUCUAAAAUGGCACACUUCAUUGCUUGUCAUAAAACGGAUGAUGCAUCUCAUAUUGCUAACUUAAUCUUUAAAGAGGUUGUGAGAUUGCAUGGCAUUCCUAGGACCAUUGUAUCUGAUAGAGAUGUUAAAUUUCUGAGCUACUUUUGGAAGACACUCUGUUCAAAGUUAGGCACCAAAUUGCUAUUCUCUACUGCUAGUCACCCCCAAACUGAUGGCCAAACUGAGGUGGUGAACCGUAGAUUAGAGUUUGUUAAGCAACUGCAUGAGAAAGUCAGGGCUAACAUUGAGAGGAGAACUGCUCAAUAUGUCAAGCAAGCUAACAAGGGUCGCCAAAAGUUGAUCCUUGAACCUGGAGAUUGGGUGUGGUUACACAUGCGCAAGGAACGUUUUCCUGAACAAAGGAGAAACAAAUUACAACCACGGGGUGAUGGACCCUUUCAAGUGUUGGAGCGCAUCAAUGACAACGCCUACAAACUUGAUCUUCCUGGUGAGUAUGGCAUUAGUGCUACAUUUAAUGUUUCUGACUUAGCCCCUUUUGAUGCAGAUGAUGCUUUUGAUUUGAGGGCAAAUCCUUCUCAAGAGGAGGGGAAUGAUAGCAUCAUAGUACGUGACCACGUCUGCAAUGGCUCGAGUGAUCAAGGGGGUGAGGAUCGCAUGCAAGCUCCAAGUGGAUCCAUUACUAGAGCUCGAGCAAAGAGACUUCGUGAGCAACUCCGUGUACUUAUUCAGGCCAUACACAAAUCCUUUGAAGGAUUCGUACACUCAAGUGAAGGUGAUCGCGGUCCGGUAUUGAGCAUUGAAGCUACACCUGAGGAUUAG